AAAUUAGGGCCUGGAGCCCAUAUAGUGAAGCCUAAUAUGAUAGAGCGUGAGGAUCAUGCCCAUGGAAUGAAGUAACUAACCCAGUCCCUUGACUUGGCUCGCUAGUUCGAUUCGAUUCGAUUCUCGGAGAUGAAGAAGGGCUUGUGUUGGCUUUGAGUUUGUGUUUGGGUUCAUCAUCAGAGCAAUUAAAUUCGCGAGAAUGCGAGAAUCUCGGUUUCAUCGGACUCGUCUUGUGCUCCGACUGCAACACUCUCUCCGAGUACGUCAAGGACAAAGUGAUUAUUUGAAUCGUCUAAAUCAAUAUCGCCAGAGGGUUUGGACUUGUAAAAUUACUGGAAAAUCUGGCUUGACUUAUGAAGAGGCUCUGGUGUCAGAGAAGCAUGCUGCUGAGAAAGUUCAACAGAUUCCGGAAGAAUUAGUGGCACCUGCUCUAAGGAUUAUCCAUUACAAUAAGGAAUAGAAAGAAUCAGAGUCAUGACACCGGCAAGAAAGAAAAUCGUGAAGUUCAAUGCAACAGAACUAAUCAUCUCAAUAUAUGCACUGAAAAUUGGAAUGACACGCGUUGUCCAGCUCUCUUUGUUGGGUUCAAUAUUGUCCAAUAUGUUACUGGUGCUUGGGUGUGCAUUCUUAUGUGGUGGGAUUGUUAAUCACGAGAAGGAGCAAGUGUUUAACAAGGCAGCUACUUCCGUGAACUCAGGAUUAUUGCUAAUGGCAGUCAUGGGCAUACUUUUUCCUGCUGUUCUACACUACACUCACAGUGAGGUCCAUGUUGGGAAGUCAGAGUUGUCACUUUCAAGAUUCAGCAGCUGCAUUAUGCUUGUGGCUUAUGUUGCAUACCUAUUUUUUCAGUUAAAAAGUCAAAGAAAUCUCUACGUCUCUGUGAACGAGGGAGCAUCUAUGGCAUGGGAAAUUCCAGUAGCAUUUAUUAGUGUCAUAUUGCUUCCACUAGUGGGGAAUGCAACUGAACAUGCCAGUGCUAUAAUGUUUGCCAUGAAAGAUAAACUUGACAUUUCCUUAGGAGUAGCAAUUGGGUCAUCCACACAGAUAUCUAUGUUUGUGAUACCAUUUUGUGUUGUUAUUGGCUGGAUAACAGGGCACCCUAUGGACUUAAACUUUCAACUUUUUGAGACUGCAGUACUAUUUCUUACUGUUAUAGUUGUUGCCUUCAUGUUACAGGUUUGUAUUCAAACAUAAAAAAAACAAGUGAAAAUUAAAAGUAUGGUAUUACGAACCUAAAACACGUAGAUAAUGACACAUGUUAACAACGUCUUGAUUAUUAGUAUGGUGAAGACUGAAGAGACAACACUGUGACAUUUAUUAUGCAU